AUGGAUGACAAUCCAAAAUUUAAACACAAUUUACUAAGAAUAUCUAAAGAGAAGAAUGCAUUUAUUGAUGAAAUAUUAAAAUUGUUUCAUUCACGAUUAGUCACAAUCAAAGAUAUCGACGUUCCUUCUUUGAAAUCGUCAGGCAAUUCGACUACAUAAUAUGAUUUGCUAAAAGCCUUCAGAGUGCAGCCAGAACAAUUUCUAUUAAUCAAAAUAAGCCUUACGUAAAUUGAUAAUGAAUCUAAUCGAAAUAAUAUUUUCUUGAUAAGAAGAUUUCUGUUUGUUAUCCAUAGCAAUUAUUGCUGGCUCUCCAAUCCAAUAACAAGAAAUAAGAGUCAUCAUCCACUCUGUUUGAAGUUAGAACUGCUGGGAGUGCCACAUAUAUUAGUCACAUAUGACCUACUAAAAGUCUAUACUUUAUUUGUUUGUAGUAUUCCAAACUAAACAUAGAAGGAUUCUAUUUGUCCAGGAUGA